AUGAAAUGUGAUGAACAAAAGCCAAUAUGUGGGCCUUGUGCGAAAGGAGGCAGACAAUGCGUCUAUGGUGCUAAGAGCGACAGGUCAGCUCGCAAAUCUGUAACAGGGCAUUGGCAACAGGAACAAUCACCACCGCCAGAGGAUGAGGAGUCGAGACGAGUACCGAAGGACCUUUCUUCAUCGCAAAGCAAACAAAUACCAGACAUCCACAGUCCCGAAACUGUUCGACGCUCCAUAGACCAAGGAAGUUGGAAUGAUGCCAAUACAACAAGCCCUCAAUCAAACUUCAGUGGUUCAGCUGGAUACGGGGUAGAGGUCGCACCUCUAAGAUGGUUCGGCCUCCUUGCGGACGACGCCGCGAAUGGAGCCGACGAUGGUUCCCUCGCGUUUCUUCAUGAGAACUUCUCUCAAGGUUCUCCAAGCAUCAACGAGAGUCUUAGGGACGACGCUAGGAGUCCGACCUACCCAGCCUCUGCCUAUUCUGCGGGGACUCCAAGUCUACGAUUCGCCCACGUCACCCCUACUUCCGUCCUACGAAGCAUACCACAGGCUGGCGACGGUCGGGAGUCGUGGCAGUCACCCAUCAAAUUACGCGACCGCGAAAUCCCUAUUUUCCGCCGCUUCGUGGACAACUUGAGCCUUUGGAUUGACAUGUAUGACCCGAUGAAACACUUCUCUACCUUUGUCCCCCAACUUGCCCUUCAGAACGAAGGUCUCAUGAAAGCCAUCCUAGCCCUCUCCUCACGCCACCUCUCCAUUAAACCCAUGGAGCCAGGCGGCCCACUCCUGGACCGUACUGCAGCCGUCCAGUACUAUUAUGAAACGCUACAAUACCUCCAAAGAGCCAUGAAACACGAAUCAUACACCCGCAGCCUCGAGCUCAUCGCCACCGCCCUCAUCGUCUCGACCUACGAAAUGAUCGACGGGGCCGGCAAGGGCUGGGAAAGACAUCUAAAAGGCGUCUUCUGGAUUCAGCGCUCGCAGGACAUCAACGGCGAAACGGGCGGCCUCAAGCAAGCCGUAUGGUGGGCAUGGCUACGACAAGAUCUAUGGGCCGCGUUUCGCGAAGGGCGGCGAGCAUUCAGCUUCUUCAAGCCUACAAAACCGUACCACGUUAUGGAGCAGUACGACAUCGCGUCACGGGUCGUAUACCUACUCGUCCAGGCGGUCAACUACAGCUCAGCUGAAGAAUGCAAAAUCGGGGAAGCAAGUCUACGGCCCAGGAUCGAGCGCGCCGACGCGCUGCUGGCGGCGCUGGAGGAGUGGAGGGGGAACCUGAGUGUGCACUUCAAUCCGCUACCGUUGGAGAGCGGGAGCGAGAAUGCGGUUUUUAAACCUAUUUGGAUUAACCCGCCUGCUUUCGCCGUCUCCAUCCAACUCUACUCUUUCGCCCGCAUCCUUCUCCUCGUGCAUCGGCCCGCACCAGGCGGCUUCCUCGAAUACGCGGAACGCAGCAAGCAACUCGUCGACGCCAUCGAUGCCAUCAGCGGCAUUGCGUCUACUCUGACCGAGGAAGCUGCGUGUGUUGUCAGCACGCAAUGCCUCUUUGGCGCGGGGCUGUAUACGCAGGAGCAGUCGAAGCGGGAGGCGAUACUGCAUAUGAUCGAGGAGCAUCAGGCGCGCACGGGGUGGCCGGUCAACUCGCUAGGGGAAGAGUUGGCCGGGGAGUGGCGGAAGGGGGAUGGGCGGAUGGGGUAG